UUUUUUUUGAAAGAAUGUUAAAUUAAUUCAAACAAAAAGCUGUUUUACACUUUGUGUUACAUUGGGAUAGAAAUUUUUUUUAAACUCAAACCUAUCUAUAACCUAUCUCGUUGCAAACCAUAGAACUAAACCUCCCGUGUGCGCUCGGGCGCGGAUGGAAGACAGCCUAUUACGAACGUUUUUGUCCACCAGCUGAAUGAGCUGACUCGGGGAUAGUGGACUUUCUCCAUGCCGACGUUGAUUACGUUCCCUCCAUAUGGCAUACAAAGUUGCUUGGAACACAUAUCUCACUAUGUAAAGCUCUGUUUUGUCUCUGUUUUGAUCAAUCACCAGCUGUAUAAUCUGGUCCCACUGGUUGGUAUAGCGUGUAGCUAGCACUUACCAUAAUCGGUAAACAAGAGAACUAUUUAUGAGAACUUGAGAAGAAAAAGCAAGUUGAAAAGCAGAGAAGACGAUCUGAUAGUGAUAGAUAGGCUGGGGGAAUAUAUUUUUCGAAGAAUAAAAUAUUAAAAACCUCGAAAUUAUUGUCUUUCACAUAAUACGAAGAUCGAUUAUUCAGCUGAGAAAAGAAGAAAGUAAUGGGUCGUGUGGAUUACCUAGCGAUGAAGACCGACGUCGACAAGGUUGCUCUGGUCAAUUCCGACGUGGAGGAGCUCAAGAUCGCUGCCAAGAAACUCUUCAGGGAUGUGACCAAGCUUGGUGGAGCAGCCUUUGGCGUUUCUUUCGUCAAAUGGAUGGCUUGCUUCGCUGCCAUUUACUUGUUGAUAUUGGAUCGUACAAAUUGGAGAAGCAAGAUGCUUACAUCACUCUUGAUACCAUACAUCUUCCUUAGCCUUCCUGGUGUGAUUUUCAACUUCCUUAGUGGAGACGUUGGGAAGUGGAUUGCUUUUGUUGCAGUUGUACUCAGACUUUUCUUCCCAAAACACUUCCCAGAUUGGCUAGAGAUGCCUGGUUCUCUGAUACUUCUGCUAGUAGUUUCUCCACACUUUCUAGCUCACCAUAUACGUGGAACCUGGAUUGGCUCUAUCAUCUGUCUUUUCAUAGGCUGUUACCUUCUUCAAGAACAUAUCCGAGUCUCCGGUGGGUUCAGGAAUUCGUUCACGCAGCCCCGUGGAGUAUCAAACACUUUAGGGAUCAUCCUUAUUCUGGUCUACCCUGUUUGGGCUCUAAUCGUUCGUGUCACAAAAUAGACAUUUUGCCUCUUCCAUAUCCCCCAAGUUGUAUAUGUCUUUGUCCAAUAAACUCCGUGAAGCACUGGGCAAAACCUCAUUGCUCUGCUUCUGUUGCUACACGUAUACUACUAUCUCAAGCUCAAUCAAUGUUCCAUAUAUUUAAAAGAAAAAAACCCUCAUUUUUUAAAAACUAUUGUUUGUACUUAUCAACAGAAAAAAAAAACUAUUUGUUUGUCUAUUGUAAUAAGAACUGUUUAAGCUCUUUAAAUUAAAAAAAAAACUCUGGAUUUGUUUUGUGUAAAUUGCUUAUGCAUACCGUUUCGUAUAUGCAGCCGUGGAAUGUUUGUCAUUUUAAUAUCCAAAAAGAAAAAUGAACUACACGCUGUUUCAGAACUCAGGACUAGCUUUCACGUCGGUUGUCUAUCGUUAAGAGAACUACACGCUGUUCAAUUUAAAUAAAAACUACAUGUCGUUUAUAUGUAGGGGACUUCCUAAAACCCUAACCCUAGUUCGGCUUCUUUUAUAAAUACUCAAUCUCCGCCGAUUUCAAGCAUAAUUCAUUACAUAUCUCAAAGCUCAACCCAAGUCAGAAUCUCAUUCUCUGCUAUGUUUUCUUUAGAUGUUUGUUUAAAUCGUAUUUCAAAUUCUCUUAUAUGUUUUUUCGAGUUCAUACCUCUUUACUUUGAUUUGGUUUAUUAUCUUACUUAUUCUUGGAUUUAAUGAGAGACUGAAAAGGAUUUCUCAGUGAUGAACAAAACAUAGAUGACGAGUCCGAUCAAUCCAUUCUUUAAAUCGUGGGGACAAACGAGGCAUUUGUCUGAGAGGAAUCCUUUUUAAUUUUGAUUUUGAUUUUGAUUUUGUUAUGUCUUUUAGACCGGUCUUCAAAAUUGUCUCAAAUGUAUAUGUAUUGUGAUUUUCCAAAGGAAUAGGAGAAAAGGCAUGAUGAGGAUUGUUUAUUGUCAUCUGAUUUUCUGAUGAAUCAAUACCUCCUACUCAUUCUGAGUGCCUUUUUUUCUGUUUCUUCAGUUUUUUUUUUUUUUUUUGUCAAAACUAUAAUUCUUUUAUUCUAAUCGUUUUUAUUAUUAAAUAUGAAUCAAAACAUUAUUUAUCGAUUGGUUGUAAGUGCUAUUUAAUUUAUCAAUUCAACUUGUCUUGAAAAUGAUUUGAUUUCGCUAUACCAAAAGUCUACCAGUCAUUCGGUUGCUAGAUAUUUGGAUGACCGUAUUCGAGAUCGACAGUGAACCAAUGUAUACAACGCAUAACAAAAGAUAGUUUAAUUUAAAUGAUGCGCGGAGAAUCCCUGGAAUUUGAGCCCAAUAAAGAAUUGAAUUUCUACGAUGAUUAUGGGCUAUCGGAUGAUAGCCAAGGCCCGGCGAUUACCUUGUUAAAUUAUAUUUAGAUCUUUCUUUGUAUUAAUGAAAAUGCUAUCGAUAAAUAGUGUAUGUGUAAUUUUGGUGUUGGCGAUGUUUCGUUUUGGUGUUGUCGGCUUUUAGGGCUUCGCGAGGGGUUCCUUAAGCCCCUUGCAAGAGCGAUGGCGCGUGGAGGCGGGUUGAUAGCUCUUCGGUUGGGUUCUCUGAUGGUAGUCUUCGAGUUACCUUGGGGUUCUGACGGGAGUGGUGCGUGUUGAGUCUGAGCAGUGGUCUUCUCCUUGGUGUCUCGGAAAGCCGCCUCUGUCUCUCUCGCCAUGAGUGCUUUGGAGUGUUAGAUUAACUCAAAGGUGUGUCUAGUCCGAGCAGCUGGCGUGUGUUGGAGCUCGUGAUGUUUGAUAUGCGAAGUGUAGCAGCAGCACGUUUCAGAGAUGUCGUCUAUGGCAUAGCUGUUGUGAUGUUGCGACCUUCCUCUCAUCUAUAAGUCUCUUCCCGGCUUCUUGAUCUCAGUCAACCGGUGAACACUGUCAAUGUGGUUCUCUUGGUUGUUUAACUCAUGGUGUUUAGUUGGUUUCGAUUCGAAUCGUUCCACCGGUUCUUAUCUUGACAUUUAAGCUCACCUUGCUCUGGUUUUCGGAGUGGGCGUUUGGCGAGGUUGUAGAAGGUCCUUGUAGUCAGAGGGGUCUGAAACAUCUCGGUGGAACAACCGUUGCUGUAGCAUAUCCCAGUGCCAUGGGUGGAGUUCUCUGCUUAUGGUAAUGUUGCAGCGUUGAUGCUUGACAGGUCUUCGAGUUUCCUUUUGGGUUCAUUAAGUUGCGGUCGCUCUGUGUCCGUUUUAUUGCAUCUCCUUUCAAGGUUUGCUUUCCGGCGACAUUUCUUCCCCAUCAGAUUCAUGCUCGUCUGAGGAACGAGGAGGUUUAGAGUGUUUGUCUUCGGUCUUGUUUCGGUAACGGUGUAAGCGGUGGUGUAACGGUGGCGUAGUGUUGUGUGGUGAGCAGAACAAGCCUACAUCUUUCAGAAGGUUCAGAUAUCCUGUCACCUCUCCAUAUCAGUUAAGGAGUCCUUCUCCCGGCCUUUUAAUAAGUGUGUUUCCCGGUUGGUCUUAUGUUUCUCUGGUCCUCGGUGGCUUCGUUAGUUGAAGCAAUACAGAGAGGUUGAGGUCUUAAGACUGCCGACGAAGGUUUGGUUGAGAAGGGGAUUUUAUUUUCAGGUGUCUGUUUCCUUUCGAAUUGGUAGGCUUUGUGGUUCUUGCUUGGUUCUGUGAACUGGAGGUUCAAGUAUGUUGAGUUUGGUUUCGCGGUAUUGGUCACUGCAUCGUUUACUCUCUCUUGUGUUUGUGUGGUCUCGGCAAGAGUUCCGACUGUUUCAAUGAUUAGACGACUCUCUUCUUUCUCUUUGUCUAGGAUUGGUUAUGGGUUUUGUUGUAGGAGUGCAGUUUUUUCAGUGAUCAUUGUAGUUGUUAUGUGUUGCCCGGUGUUUGGGUUCUAGAUUCCCUCUUAUGGGCGAAGUUUCCGGGGA